CGGAAGCGAUGACGGAAUAAUAACAAACCGAAGAAGCUCUGUUACCUCAACACAACUCGUUUUUUACCCGAAUGGAGUUACAUUCACUUUUUAAUAACAUACUUAGCUGUACUUGUGUCCGUCUUACAUGUUUUUAUGUCGUGUAUUGUACGUUUUUGAGUGAAGUAGCUAGUUAGCUAACCGGUAAGCUCAUUUUAACGUUUUUAUGUUCAGCAGCCGUCAGCCAUGUCGUUAUUCAGUGUACAAGCGAGGAAGCACACAACUUAUUAUGACCAUCUCAUGACCACAUCCAGGACACCGGGCAGAGAGCGCCUGGCAGAGCGAAAAGCGACGGACACAACGAUAAGCAAAAGUGAGAUAACAUCCGGAGAGUCUGCGUGUGAAGACAGCAGGUUAUCUGAUAAAAGCCGACAUGUAAACCGGACUUACAUCGUCUCUGCGCUGUCAAAAAGUGGCAGCGGGCAGCAAACUUCUUACCGUGGCCGACUCACACUGCAGAGGCGGUCAAGGAGGAAGACCGGGUCUGAAACAGCGGAGAAAACCAUGGUGGAAAGCAGCCAGAACACCACACCAGCUCCGGAGAAGCGGCUGACCCUGCAGCGCAGAACAAGGACUCCCUCAAUGGAUAAAAGCACACAUGUGCAGGGUGGGGUUAGCAGCACCGGCCUGCAGCCAACACCGAAAAUACUCAGUGAACCAAACGGUAGGACACCUGGUGUAUUCAGAUCUACGAGUUUAAGAGAGACUGCUGCCUCUGUGGAAACCCAUGGGAGGCCUGUGCACUGCAAAACGCCCUCCUCCACCACAAAGCUAGAAGACCAGGCUCGGAUCUUUAAAACCCCCACCAGGACGACACAGUUUCAGAAAAUCGCCACGAAGAGAGAAGUGUUCGAGAGACUGGCAGGAAAAGAUGCACCUAAACCAGUGGCGUUUAAAUCUGCAAGUCUAGAGAGGCCCAAAUCCCGAGCACAGCAAGUGGAAGACGCAAAACCUGUCCCAGCUCCUCGGGUCAGCAAGGCGGCGUCUGCAGGUGUGCACAAGCCAAACAGCACGCUGCACGUGAAGAAGACAUCCAACUCAAGUCAGAGGGUAGACGUGACCCAAACCAGGACCUCCACUCCUGCUCCUGCUCCAGGUCCAGGUCCAGCACCUACCGAGCAGCUCCUGUCUCGUCACAGCCAGGCCCUGGAGCAGCAGGACUCACUGAAGAUGGAGAACAGUGCAGUGACUGUUGCAGUCCGUGUACGCCCUUUCAAUGCCAGGGAGAAGGCAGAGAAAGCAUUACAGGUAAUCUUUAUGAACGGUCAGGAGACCAAUGUCCAGCAUCCCGACUCCAAACAGAGCUACUCCUUCACCUAUGACUUCUCCUUCUGCUCGGUGGAUGAGUGUGACCCAGCAUUCGCCAGCCAGCAGACAGUGUACGAAACACUGGCCAAACCUCUGCUGCUGAGGGCCUUCGAAGGAUUCAACACCUGCCUGUUUGCUUACGGUCAAACAGGCUCCGGGAAGUCCUACACGAUGAUGGGCUUUGGAGAGGAGGAAGGGGUAAUCCCACGAUUCUGCCAGGAGCUUUUUUCUAGGUUGGCGUCCAUGAAGAACGAAGAGGUCAAAUGCCAUGUAGAGAUGAGCUAUUUUGAAGUGUACAAUGAGAAGAUCCACGACCUGCUGGUGACCAGAGAUGAGCCAAACCAGAGGCGGAUGCCUCUGAGAGUGAGGGAACAUCCAGUCCACGGUCCCUAUGUUGCUGACCUCUCUGCGAAUAUUGUAAGCUCCUACAAUGACAUUGAGGGCUGGCUGGAGCUGGGCAACAAGCAGAGAGCCACGGCAGCUACAGGAAUGAACGACAAGAGCUCCAGAUCUCACUCCGUCUUCACCCUGGUUAUGACGCAGACUCAGACUGAGUUUGUAGAGGGUGAGGAGCAUGACCACAGUAUCACCAGCAGGAUCAACCUGGUGGACCUGGCAGGCAGCGAACGCUGUAACUCGGCGCAGACAAGUGGAGAGCGACUCAGGGAGGGUGCGAGCAUCAACAAAUCCCUGCUUACCCUUGGAAAGGUCAUCUCUGCCCUGUCAGAACAGGCACUGAGCAGAAAGAAGGUCUUCAUACCCUACAGAGAGUCCGUCCUGACAUGGCUGCUGAAGGAGAGCCUCGGCGGGAACUCUAAGACGGCCAUGAUUGCCACACUGAGCCCAGCCGGCAGCAACGUGGAGGAAAGCCUAAGCACUCUGCGCUACGCCAAGCAGGCCCGCACUAUCAUUAACGUGGCUAAAGUCAAUGAGGACACCAGCGCCAAGCUCAUCAGAGAGCUGAAGGCGGAGGUGGAGAAGCUGCGAGCAGCCCAGAUGAGCUCCCAGGGUGUCCAACCAGAGAGGGUCAGGCUGUUCCAGCAGGAGAUUGCUGGCCUGAGGAACAGACUCUGCCAGCAAGAGAGAGAAAUGGCAGAGGCCAACCGGGCAUGGAGAGAGAAACUGGAGCAAGCUGAAGUCCGUAAACGUGAAGAGACCAAAGAGUUGCAGAAAGCCGGCGUGACUUUCAAAGUGGACAACCGUCUUCCCAACCUGGUGAAUCUUAACGAGGAUCCUCAGCUGUCUGAGAUGCUUCUGUACAUGAUCAAAGAGGGUCGAACCACAGUGGGCAAGCUCAAGUCUGGGUCCAGGCACGACAUCCAGCUGACAGGAGCCCUCAUUGCUGACCAGCACUGUGUUAUAACAAACGUCCAGGACACUGUCAGCAUCACUCCCAUGGACAACGCCAAGACCUUUGUUAAUGGAAACCUCAUAUCAGAAUCCACUGUCCUGCAUCAUGGCGACAGGGUGAUUCUUGGUGGAGACCACUACUUCCGCUUCAAUCAUCCAGCAGAGGUGCAGUCUGGGAAGCGGGUGUCAUGCUGGACAGGCGCAGGCGAUGGCCACAAAGACUUUGAAUUCGCCAAAAAUGAGCUCCUCGCGGCUCAAAGAGCUCAGCUGGAGGCAGAAAUUGAAGAGGCUCAUUUGAAGGCAAAAGAGGAGAUGAUACAGGGGAUUCAAAUGGCAAAAGAGGUGGCUCAGAAAGAGCUAUCUGACCAGAAGGCGCUUUACGAGAAGAAGAUCCGAGCCCUGGAGAAAGAGCUGACUGAGGAGACUAAACGGAAGCGUCAGCAGGAGUUGGACCAGCAGAGGGUGGCCAGCCAGAUGGCAGAGCUGAAAAUGGCCAAGCAGGAGCUGGAGCAGGAGGUGGACACACACAAGAAGCGCAUCCGCCUGCACAUGGAGGCCCAGGUGAUGGAGGAACACCGUGUGUGUCAAGCAAAGAUUGUUGACGCCCUGGAGGCGGAGAAGAGGAAGAUCAGCAAAGAGCUCGAGGAGAUGCAGAAGAAAAGAGCCUUUAGGGAACACCGUACGCUCCAACAUGUGUCUCCACAAUGGGACGCCAUGAAGUUGUCCCUGAUGAUCGAGGAAGCCAAUAAGAUCAGCGCUAAACUGAAGAAACACACGGUAUUCAGCAGACAUGAGAGCUCUGAAGAUGAGAUCCAGAAGCAGGGCGGUCCGCUGCAGGUGCGAGUUCAAAACACAAAGCUGGGGAUCUCCACUUUCUGGAGUCUGGACAAGUUCCAAAACAACAUCGCUGCCAUGAGGGAACUCGAUCAGGGGGAUUCCACCUCUAAAGAUGACGAUGUGUUUUAUGACCCCGAUGAUGAGUGGGAGCAAGAUAUAUCGGCCUCCUCUGCUUCCACCUCCUCCUCCUCACGCCGGAGGAGCCGGAGCUUCUUGAAAAGCAGGAGAAUCUCAGGUCGUCUCUACGAGAUCCGGGUGCAUCCGAUUCAGAGCCUCCACAACGGCUCCUCGCAGUCUGCUGGGUUGAUGGGUGGGGCCAAACUGCCCUCCACCCACUCCGGCAGCCUAGACUCUGCCAUGCUUGGCAUCUGCAAGGAGCUGUUGGGCCAGUCCGUGGCCCGUCUGCGUGGUUGUGGUGGAGCUGAGGAAAGCAUGGCGGACAGGUUGGCCUCUGAUCUGCACUUACUGUAUGUGGCGGUCCAAACCAUAGCUGACCAGUAUGACAGCUUGGGUGAUGACAGCCAGGAGAAUGUGUUUGCGUGUAGCUUGGUCGCCAAGACUCAGCUGAUCAAGGCCACCACAAUCAUAGAGAGUGCAGUGUUUGCUACCAUGCAGUUGUUUGCCAGUGUUAAACCCUCCUCCGGCCGGCUCUACUCCAUCGCUGAAGAACUCAAGACCCAAGUCAAGAAGAUGGGAGGAUUCUUCCAGCUGCUCAUUCAGGGUUGCGAAUCUGAGAUCACUUCAAUGGUGACGGAUGCACGGAGGAAGAGCAGUCAGUGCCUGGAUGCAGCACUGCUUGCACUGGGCCACCUGGUGGCGGUGACAGGCAUGCCGCUGAAUGCUAUGGGGCUGCGUGCCCAGGCCACAGGCAAGCAAUCAGUUGUCACGUGUCUGCUGAAGGGGACCAAUAAGGGCGUCAGCGCUCUCCUGGAGGAGAGCCUCACCAUCACCAGAGAGAUGCUGAGAGAUGCUCAGCUGGCCUACCCCAGGAACCCACUGCUGCAGAGCCUAAAAUCCAAGACGCUUGACUUAGCCUGUGCUCUGCAGAACUACAUGCAUUGCCACAUCACGGAGAGAGAGACUGACCCUAAGGAGGUGGAGGAAGGGGAGGAGGAGGCCUCGGCUUCCCAUCUGCAGAGACUGAGGACUGCAGCGACCAAGCUGUUCCAGCUGAACCAGGCCAUCAGACAGCUGCAUUCCUCCUUGUCUACUGCCCUGCGAGCCAAAGACAGAGACUCCAACCUGAGCAGCAGCAGAGAGCUGAUCUCCUCCUCUGCCAAGGCUGUUGAUGAGCUGAUCACCGGUCUGUCCAAGGACGGAGCGCUGACGCUGCCCCUGCAGCUUCCCGUUCUUCAGAGCGUCUUGACCGCACGUGACGAGCUCCACUCUGCCCUGCAGUCCCUGUCCUCCUGGAGGUCGCAAGAGGCGGGAGAGAGCAGGAGCUCUGCCGCCUCAGAUAAGAGCACAGAGGAUGAAACCUCGAGUAAAGAGACUCACAGUGCCGUUAGAAAUCGAGUCGUGAGUAAGUUAGUAGUGUGCCCUCUCCCUGCAGGUGUGUCGGCCACAGGCAGCCUACACUGGGUGUGAUGUGCUUUUAUAUAAUGUGUUACUCUAUGAUGUGCUCACAUAGUGUAUGAUUUACUGUAAAAAAUUAACUGCUGAUGUAGACAAAACUUUUUCUGAUAACAAAUGGGUCGUGGGGAUUUUUUUUUUUUGCACACUCUGGUAUCACCAACCUGGCAUCACAGGCAGAAAACACUGCAGAGACUUCUGUAGUGCUGCCAUCCAAGUUGGUCAAAAGUUACUCACAUUCGUCCCUGUCUGCUCUCUAAAUGUGAGCAACACCUGCCUUUUUUAAGGGCUAUUUUUUCAAUUAAAAAGAAAGUAAUAAAUGGGGGCAAACAAAUUAAUGCUAAUUAAUAUGUGUAUGCUUCAAACUACAGCAGUAAUUCCUAUCAUCAUGUCACUUUUUAUUCAUUUAAAUAUACAACAUUUCAAUAUACAGCAACUCAGGUACUGUGCUUUGUAAAAAAAAAAAAAAAAAAAAAUAUUACACACUUUCUCCCCACUCUUUCCUGUAUAUAAUUUCUUGUACGACGGCAUGUUUUGUUCUUACGUUUGCAUUAAGAUUAGCUCUUAUAUAUUGUGCGACACACUCUGCAGCUAUUUGCACUCAGGAGGGACUGGUAUACUCAGUGUUUCUUCAUGUACAUUAACACAGAUGUGUUUUUGUUUCCUUUAAUGCUUUUGUAUCACUUGGUAAAUUUGAUGUGUCAAAAUAAUACAGCAACUUGUGUUUCUGCAAUAAAUUCAUGUGGCUUGGUUUGACAAGGACACAAAGCUUUCAUACUGCAUGUCCUUAUUCUGUAAACAGUGAACUG